AUGGCGCCGUGCAGUAUGCCAUCAACAUUCUACGAUGCCUGGGAUACAUCGUUGCCGGCCGACCACCCCUUUGUCACCCGGGCUUUGCAGUUCCAUUACCCUCUCUCCCCGAUUGAGCCGAUCAAGAGCUGUGACAUGUCCCUGUCGGUGCAAUCUCGGUGGAAUGGAGACAGCUCGCCGUACUGGAUGGGGUACUAUCCCGACAUGCAUCCCUAUACAAACCAACUCUCUCCUUUGAAUAGCGGUCUAUCCCCCAUUUCCAGCCCACAGAGCCCCUGCAGUAGCAAAAGCGGCUGCGUCUCUGCCAUGACCUGCUCCAACUCGCCGUCCUUCCAGCCCACAGAACCCGUCACCGGGGUUGAGCACCCGGUGCCGGACAGUCUAGUUGAUUCCAAUAUCUUACCCCAGUUUCGUGCCUACGAGGUGCAGUCGAGCCGCACUGUGACUCCUGAACAGCACUGGUCACCCCAGAUGUACUCCGAGGUGAAGGCCCUGGCCCAAGCACCGAAGCGGUCACAGGGCCGGUUUACCCCGAACUCACGGGUAUGCAAGCCCGGAAGACGACCCAAGUCCAGAGCAGGCCGCAGCUGUCGCCGCCAGGGCAUAGUUAUCACCGACAACGAUGACUCGCAGCGGGUGUUUGUGUGCAGCUUUGCGCCGUACGGGUGCGACAGCACGUUUGUGUCGAAGAACGAGUGGAAGCGUCACGUCUCGUCACAACAUAUCCAGCUGGGCUUCUACCGGUGCGAUGUGGGCAAGUGCAACGUGGAAGCACACAAAUCCAAGGACCCCUCCUCGCCGGCUGUCUCGCCAUGCAACCGCGGGUCCUCGCCCUUGGGCCAGCCCAACGACUUCAACCGCAAAGAUCUCUUCACGCAACACCACCGCCGCAUGCAUGCGCCCUGGCUGCAGCUCGGGCGCCGGCGCAAGCCUACCGACGCCGAGCGUGCGGACUUUGAAGCCGGGCUCGAGGCCGUGCGCCAGCGCUGCUGGCACGGCCUGCGCCAACAGCCUACCCGGAGCCACUGUGGCUUCUGUCACGAAGUAUUUUCUGGAGAGGGCAGCUGGGACGCCCGCAUGGAGCAUGUGGGCCGCCAUUUUGAACGUGAUGAUCUUCAUUCCCUUGGCGAGGAGGCUGAGGAUCUUGCGUUGCGCGACUGGGGGCUCCGCGAGGGCAUUCUCACGCUUGUCGAUGGCCAGUGUCGACUGAAAAUCGCGGGUCAUUACUGA